AGGCGUCUUUGUUUGCUCCAGGCCCUUGUGCGACCAAAACAUUGUUUGAUUGCCAGCUCAUUAACCAAACCCUUUUUAUACCACAACUCCCAACACAUCUACCAACUACUUUAUGUUUUCCCGAGACUCCAAAACAAGGCGGCCCUUGAGCCAGUCGUUGUCUCUUACCAACCUCCACCUCUUUACCCGAUCUCGUGAACCGUCGUUGUCCCACACCAAAUCGUCUGCUCCUUUACAAAACAUCACAAACACCGCGAUCAACACCUCCCGUCUGCGGCCCGCUAAGCAACGCUACUCGUCACUAUUCGACAAGGAGAACGAGACCAGACAGCGCCUUCAUAAGCGGUUUUCCGUCAACUUCAAACAGGUAGAAGACAGUGACAGCGACGAUGAGACGAUUAAAAGCAUCAACACAUCUCCAUUCACAAACAACGAUAUGAUGUCGCUCAAUCUUUCGAGUAUCACCCUCGAAGAUGAAGAGCCUUCGAAAGACAAACCUGAACUCUCCAAAAGUGAACUUCCCAAAGACGACAAGCGAAUGUCACGAAUGUCGAAUCUCUCGAGCAUUCUCGAGUUUGUGCACCAGAUCAACUAUGACGUGGCGCCGCCGUUCGGUGACCCGGCGAAGCUGAAGGUCUUUGAAGAGGUGCAAAUCGGCCAAUUUAAUGCCACUUCUGACUACCAUAUCAAGUUGGUGCACAACGCAAUGCUCUUCCAGUACGACGAGGCUGAUAUUGUGGACCCGUUGGGGCUCGAUGACAUUGACUACGCAGCCGUGUUUGCAGCGCCAUACCACGAGGAGCUAAGCAUCUAGCCGUGGGUUUGAAAUGUAUUUACGUGGUGAUGAUUUUAGAGAGCCGAAGGGCCAAAUGUCGCAGCUGCAUCGCGAACUCACCUCGCGAGAUCUUUGUAUAAUAGUGUAUAAUUCCAAUCAUAUUCUUAUGAGCAGGUACUUAUUCUCGCGCACCGCCGCUGUGGUUGGCGCCGUGGCAGCAUCGUCGUUCGCCACGUACACCCUCACCCGUGCCCAUCUUCAAUCCAACCUCCCGUCCGAUUGGUUCCCCAACGAGAGCACCACCAAACUCCAUUCCAUUUCUACUCCCCAGUACGCCACCCCAUCGCAACUCCAGCACGCUAUCCGUGAACUACGCGAUGUUCUAGGUGACACCAAUGUCGUUAACACCCCCGUGGUGCUUGAGUACCACACUCGUAAUGAGUUCAAUCCGCACGAGCCCAAACCUCAUGAGAAGCCCAAGUAUGUGAUAUACCCUAGAUCCACAAACGACGUCAGCGAGGCCAUGGCCAUCUUGAACCGGUACCGUGUGCCGGUGGUGCCGUUCAGUGGCGGCACAUCUCUCGAAGGCCAUUUCUACUCUACUCGGGAAGGUAUCGUCAUGGAUACCUCCAAAAUGGACCAGGUCCUCGCCAUCAACUCCGAAGACCUCGACGUACAGGUCCAGGCGGGCGUCAAUUGGGUUCGCUUGAACGAACAGCUUGCUCCGCACCAGUUGAUGAUCGGGUCUGACUGUGGACCUGAUGGGUUGAUUUCUGGCAUGAUUAACACCAAUGCUUCGGGUAUCAACGCAUCCAAGUAUGGGGCCAUGAUCUCCAACGUCAUCUCCCUUACGGUGGUGUUGCCAGACGGGAAAAUAGUCCGUACCAAGCAACGGCCCCGUAAACUGAGCUCAGGGUACAGUUUAACACAGCUUUUUGUCGGAAGUGAGGGAACGUUGGGAAUCGUCACCGAGGCCACCCUUAAAUUGCACCCAAUUCCCAGGUACGAAACAGUGAUUGUGGGCCAGUUCCCCACACUCUUGGACAGCACCAAGACAGUGAGCCAAUUGUACCGUGCUGGAGUCCACCCUAAUGCCAUUGAGUUAUUGGACAGAGACAUGAUGCACUGCAUCAACUAUCUGGGUUACUUCACCCAAGAGUGGGCUGAGGUACCCACACUUUUCUUCAAAGUGGGUGGAAUGAGCAAGGCAAUGGUGGACGAGCAGGUUAAGGUUUUAAAGGAAAUUAGUGUGAAGAAUAACUGUAAGGAUUUUAUUGCUGCAAAAAGUGAGGAAGAAGGAAAAGAGCUUUUCUCGGCCCGCAAAAACGCAUUUUACGCCAUUCUCAACUAUGGUCGCAACGAGAUCGACCCCGAUAUUCGGUUGUGGGUCACCGACAUCGCGGUACCGCUUUCAAAGCUUCCGCCAGUGUUGGACCAGAUUUACGCCAUGAUCAGAGAGAGCGGGUUCCAGAGUGUUAUUCUCGCGCACGCAGGAGAUGCCAACUUCCACUGCGAUGUUUUCUACAAGGACCACGAGAAGGACAAGUGUGAACUGCUUAUCAACAAAAUGAUGGAUCUCGGGCUCGUCAAUGAAGGAACCGCAUCAGGAGAACAUGGUAUUGGUAAUGGGAAGAGAACUUUUUUGAUUCAAGAAUUGGGUCAAGAUGCGGUGGAUUUAAUGAGAAGAAUCAAACUUGCAGUCGACCCCAACCGGAUUUUGAAUCCUGAUAAGAUUUUUAAGAUCGACCCAAAUGAUAAGGGGGAGUUUUAGGAUAUGCCCCACAAAAGUAUUUAGAGACAUAGGAUUACUGAUAUGACAUAGACCAAUCUGAGCAUAUUAGAUAGAGUGAAAUAGAUACCAGUAAUCAGCAACAGAGAAUAUACUCAAUAGAUGUGG